AUGGGUGUACACAAUCACUCCGUGGUGACUGAGUUUCUUCUUUUGGGACUCACGGAGCAGCCCGAGCUCCAGCGGCCCCUCUUCUGCCUGUUCUUCGGGGUUUACGCCGUCACCGUGGUGGGAAACCUGGGCAUGGUGGCCAUUAUCAAGUGCAGCGCUCAGCUCCACACCCCCAUGUACUGCUUCCUCGGCGCCCUGUCCUUCAUCGACCUCUGCUACUCCUCCGCCGUCACCCCCGGGAUGCUGGCGGGGUUUCUAGGCAGGGGCAGGAUGAUCUCGUAUUCGGGAUGCAUGGCUCAGCUCUUCUUCUUCUGCCUUGUCAUCUCUGAGUGCUACAUGCUGGCGGCCAAGGCCUACGAUCGCUACGCGGCCAUCUGCCACCCCCUGCGCUACGGCGCCAUCAUGUCCCCCCGCCUCUGCUUUCUGCUGGUGGCUGCCGCCUUCUCCGUGGGCCUCGUCGACGCGGCGAUUCACGGAGGCUGUAUCCUCAGGUUGUCUUUCUGCAGCUCAAACACCAUUAGGCAUUAUUUCUGUGACAUCGUCCCCCUGAUAAAGCUCUCCUGCUCCAGCACGGCCGUGGACGAACUUCUGAUCUUUGUCAUCGGUGGGUUUAACAUGGGAGCCACCAGCCUGACCAUCGGCACAUCCUACGCCUUGAUCCUCGCCAGCAUCCUGCGCAUCCAUUCCCAAGAGGGCAGGGCCAAAGCCUUCAGCACCUGCAGCUCCCACCUGAGCGUGCUGGUCUUCUACGGGUCUCUCAUGUCUAUGUACCUCAAGCCUGCGUCCAGCACCUCCGCCCUCCAGGAGAAGGUGGCCUCCGUCUUCUACACCACGGUGAUCCCCAUGCUCAACCCCCUCAUCUACAGCCUGAGGAACAAGGACGUGAAAAAGGCCCUGGUGAAACUUACGCGGAGUCAGGUGUCUUCGUAA